AUGCGAUCCCAUCUGGCUCGCAAUGCCUGCCGCGCGAGCCAGAGAUCCCCAGCCUCCAGGCAGCUGCUCGCGUCAAUAACCACGCCGCCGUCUUCUUCCCUCCUUUGCUCGCGAGAGCCCCGUCACCCCCGACGACAACCACACCUCUGCGAUCUCCUGGCCCAGAACCUAGCCUUGAGCUAUGGCAAGAGGACAUUUUUUGGUCCCUUCAAGAAGCCGCCGCGGGAGAUCCAGCCCCCGCAGAUGGUUCCCGGCUAUGGUAAGCUCCUUGAGUUCACAGCCAAGGAGCAGGAUAACCUUCGCUUGCCAGCAGUGAAGGUGAUUCGGAAGGCGGUCACGGAUCUAUUUAGCAAUCAUUUCAUUCGACAAGCCGGCUUGAACUCGACACAAGCGCGAUGUGCACUGCGAGCGAUUCUGUAUCUGAGAGACAGAUAUGUCCCGGUAGAUGGCUCGGACAAACUUGGGCUUACGGCUUCCUGCCUCAAAAAGAUACUGCGAGCGAUCCAGAAGAAGCGACAUCGGGACGAUGGGCAAGAUUAUAUGGAGCUCGCAAAGCUUGCCUUCGAUGGGCUUCAGCCAUUGUUACAAGGCGAAGAAGCAUUGUCUUGGUGGACGGAAUAUCUCGUGGCCAUAUUUAACACUGGUGGCAGCACCCACGCUCUUGAGGAACUCAAGAAAUGGCUAGAUAGCCAACCGCAAGACCUGAGUGAAGCUGCCAAGGAGCUGUUGUUUUUGAUGUUUCGCAAGUUUUCACAGCAAGGGGAAGAACAGCAAGCCCUGACCGAAUUGCUAGAGAUUCUGCGGGCUCGUGGACUGAGCACGCACAAGUCUUUCACUGAUUCAAUGGUGAUAUACCAUGCAUCAUUAGGUCAAGCAGACGAUGCCUUCCUCUGGCUUCGCAAGGUCCCUGGCACGCCGUCCAGUAAUAGCUUGCUCGCACUUAUAAAGCUGGCCGAUCAACAGCCAGACCAACUCAACAGAGUGAGAAUGUUUUUCUUCGAGCAGUGCGAUCGGCCUACGCCUUUACCAGUAUCUUGUUGGUCUGCGGUAUUGCAAUGGGCCCUCUUCCAGAACAACAUGGAUUGUGCCCAUUUGGAGUCAUUUAUUCGAACCAAGCUUGCCAAGAAUAAAAACCUGCCGCCCGAGGAAUUCCUGCCCGGUAAUACACUCGAUCACUUGUUGAUAGCAGCGAUGGACAGGAAGCAAUAUGUUUUAGCCGAGCGAAUCACAGAUUGGGCUAUGAAUCGCGUAAGAACCCAACGAGGGCUUUCAUUCCGGGCCAAGGCGAUGCGGCUCGAGUGGCGACUGGCCGGCAACGAUCUCCCGGGAGCCCAUGAGGCGUAUAACAGCAUCAUGAAUGAAGAUCUGAAUGGUCUCGAGCUUGGGCCCACCCAGGCCCUAGCUCUGAAUAGAUACCUUCAGGUGCUAUGCUCACAAGAGGUGGCACACAGCGUGAGGGUACUGCCGACGCUUUCAACCCUUGAGGAAUAUCGCGUCAAUGUCGAACCUGAAACGAUCGCAUGCGUUGCUACAUACUUACUUGAGAACGAUCUUGAAUAUGAGUUGAUUGACACCCUCUCGAUUCACGCCACCAAUUUUGGUCUCUCUGAAAGGACGAUCCUCAUCAACAGAAUGCUUCAAUUCUGCCUGGACCCUGCCAGAAGCACGGCUCGUGCUUGGAACACUUAUACUCUACUCCGCCAGUACUUUCCAGACAUGAAGAGAGAACCUCGUGUGAAGAUGAUGCAUUCAUUCUUCGCACGCAAGAGGCCAGACAUGGCGGUUCUCAUAUUUGGCCACAUGCGAGCACAUGACAACCCCGAGAUGAAGCCGGACUUGGAUGUGUACGUGGCCGUGCUGGAGUACUUGGGGCGGUAUCCAGAUCUCGACAGUUUGAAGCUGGUCCACAACAUGUUCAAGAUGGAUACGACCAUAGAGCCUACAACGAGGCUAUACAAUGCUAUGAUGAUGGCUUAUACCGGCUGCGGCGAGCCUUUCAAAAGUCUCGAGUUCUGGCGGGAGAUAAGUAACUCUCCUGAGGGUCCCACCUACGAGACCCUGACAAUCUUUUUCUGGACGUGCCAAAAGAUCGGGCCCGGCGUCGAGAAGGCGAAUGAGGUCUGGGAGAAGCUCAUGCGGAUGAAUGUCGAGAUUCCCCCGGAGGUUUUUGCUGCCUACUGCGGCGCCAUGAGUAGCAAAGGCAAACUUGACACAGUGAAGCAGCUGUUACUAGGGAUGGAUGGAAUCGUGGGGUACUAUCCCGACACUGCGACACUGCGUAUAAUUUACGAUGGUUUACCGAACCAGACGCUGCAGGACGAGUUCGAGAAGUUUGCAGAGCAACGAUUCCCGGAUACAUGGACAGAGCUGGUAACAGUGAUUCCGCGGAAGAAGAGCCACGAGUUCGUGCGCAGCAAAUUCAAGUACUCUAGGGUGCACGAUAUGAAGGCCUAG